AUGUCGUCGCAUGCUGUCGCAAUGUGGCAUUGUAACUGGAACUGGUGCCAUCACGUAUUCCACGACAAGGGCGAGCUGCGACAGCAUCUACACGAGGCGCAUUUCUGUGCCAUCCUUAGCAUCGCAAAGCGGGACUGGAGCACGUAUCUGCGCUCGACAGAAGGGAUGAGUGGGGCUACUGACAGCAUGCUCGCUGCAUUCCAGUCCAACGCGCCCAACACUCACAGUCCAACAUCCCCACCUCCCCACAAAACCUCGUGUUCCUCUACAUCAAAUGAGGGUACUCCUCUUUCGUCGUCACGUCCUGCGAAACGUCGCAAAAUGUCGUUUGCGGACUAUGCCGCACAGUCGUCUCCCACUCCCUCAGUCGGACCUGUUCCUCCGUCCCCCGGUCUGAAUUCCAUAAUCGCCGACGCCUUAAAUGCGUCUGCGAAGGUCAAUACUCGCAACAUACACCCCUCUAGAAUCAACCAAUCUCCUGCAGGAGCUAGUCCGCGACAGGCUGCUGCGACCACUCUGCGCUCCAGACCGAGUACAAGUGAUUCCAGCCGCUCGUCUCGCUCAGAAAAGCACCCUCGCACGAAGACGGUCCACGACAGCCCUACGAAUGCCUCGAUCACCUCGUCUCAAGCUGUUGAAGAGUCGUUGACACAGCUUCAUCCCGCGUCCCAAAACCGAGCCUCCUCAAGCCCAAGGCACCGCCUACAAGCAAGCGGAACAUCCCCCCGUCCACAGGCGGGACCCUCGCAAGCUCCUGCGUCUGAGAGCACCCAGUCGCAGAUGGGCUCGCACGCCGUUGAGUCGUUCCCCCCAUCUCUACCCCUAUUCGCGUCCGGGUCCCCCCCAAGCCAGCUCCCUGCAUAUUCCACCCCACGGGGCUCUCCUCUCCGUCCUCAAGCCGCGCCCGACCUGUCGCCGGGCCCCAGCUUUCUCCCUCCCCUCCCGCGCAGGAACCGGGUGACGUCCGCCUCUUCUACUUCGCGGCUGCCGGUAGCCCCUGCCCCUGCCCGCGUGCUCCGGAGCAGGUCCAAGACUCCAGCCCCCGCCCCUCCGCCCCCAGUCCCGGCAAAAAUCCCGCUUCCGCGGACCCACACCAGGAUGCAGGCAGCCAAGGGCCAAACGAUGCAGCCGCAACAUCCCUCGGAGUCGGAGGAUCCCGCGGCAGCGGCGAGGGCAGGCGGUCGGGGCACGUCGAAGAAGCCUCGCGCGCCGUCGAAGCCCCCUUCGACGCGUCGGACGCGGUCCUCGUCCGCUAGUACCCCUGCCGCUGGUGGACGGAGGACGAGAGCGAACCCUAACCCUACUGACGGCCUUACGCCUGUUGACGAGCAGCCGAACGAAUCGCCUGCAGGCGACGAGCCGGCGGAGGUCGAACCGAGACUAGGCGGGUUCCGCUCGGGGACGCUUUCCGUUCCGCGGCCGUCUUCGCAGUCUUCGCAGGUCUCCGUCGUCCAAGGCACCUCCAUCGAAGUCAAGCGGGAGCUCGACAUCGGCGACGAGCCCCGUCUCCGGUUUGACAUCGCCGCUCAGCGGGUGCCCGACGAGUCUCAAGAGCAGAGCAAGGAGAGUCAGGGCGGGGGAGGCUAUGUGGAAGGGUAUGGAUUCGACUUUGGUUCGAUGCAGCUCAUGACCCAGGCGCCCUAUGGCAGCCAGAUCUAA